AUGGCUGGCCCACGCUGCCGCCCUCUGCCGCCUGCUGCUUGCUGGCGCUGGCUGCCCAGCGCUGACCCUGCCCAUACCACCACCGGGCCGCUGCCCCCGCCAGCUGCUGCCAGUUACCGCUGCCUACCGCCCCAGCCACCUGCCCGCCACCGCUUCCUUCCGCUGCCCCCGCCACCUGCCACCUCCUCUGCUGCCACCAGCCUCCGCUGCCUAAACUCGACGGUGCCUGCCAACGCUGCCAACCUACCACCGCCAACUGCUGCCGCUGCUCCCUGCAGCCCGCUUGCCUCCGCUGCCUGCGGCCACUACCGCCUGCUUCCCACACUGCCUGCCUCCACUGUGGCCCGCCUCCCCCUGCCACCUGCCCCCACCUGCCGCCGCUUUCUGCCACCGCUUAUGGCUGGUUGCGAUUAUCAGCCGCCGCUUCCUGCCUGGGCCCUGGGGCCUGCAGCCCGCCACGGCCUGCUGCUGCUUACCUACCACCGCCGCCUGCUGCCACUUACCAUUACCCGCCACGCCAGCCCAAGGCCACCACACGCCUAUUGCUGCCGCCUACCUAACGCUGCUGCCUGGCCCUGCUGCCUGCCGCCGUUUCCUCCCGCCGCUUACCACUGCCUGCCCCCGUCUGCAACCUCUUGCCGCCGCCGCCCCCUGCCUGCCCCUAGCCGGGGUCUGCCGGCCGCCACUACCUGCCCCCACCACCUGCCCGCCGCCGCUUCCUGUGGCCACUGCCUGUUGCCACCUGCGGCUACUGCGUACCCCCAGUGCUGCAGCCUGCCUGCAACUGUCUGCCACCUGCCUGCUGCAGCCUGCCUGCCCCCGCCCCCUGCCGCCACCGCCGCCUGCUACCUCUUGUCCCCGCGGACCCCUGCCUGCCUCUGGCCGUGGCCUGCAAGCCGCCGCCACCUGCCCCCACCACCUGCCCGCCGCCGCUUCCUGCCGCCACCACCUGUUGCCACCUGCAGCUACUGCGUACCCCCAGUGCUGCAGCCUGCCUGCAACUGCCUGCCACCUGCCUGCCGCAGCCUGCCUGCCCCCGCCCCCUGCCGACGCCGCCGCCUGCUACCUCUUGUCCCCGCGGACCCCUGCCUGCCUCUGGCCGUGGCCUGCAAGCCGCCGCCACCUGCCCCCGCCCCCUGCCGCCGCCUGCUACCUCCUUCCACCGCCCGCCGCCCUUGCCUGCCUGCCGCGGCCGCCUGCCUGCCGGCUGCAGCCGAAGACGCCACACACUGGUGCUGUCACCGCUGCCACCUCUGCUGCUACCCGCUGCCGCCUGCCACCGACUGCCACCGACUGCCUGCCGCUGCCUGCCGCCACUGCCCACCAGUGCUGCCACCGCCGCCUGCCACCGCCUGCCUGCUGCCGCCACCAGUCAGUACUACCACUGCCGUCUGCCACUGCCGCCCCCUGCUGCCGCUUACCUCUGCCUGCCGCCGCCACCUGCCUUCUGCCAACCACCGCUCUUGCGUGCGCCCGCUGCCUGCUGCCCGCCGGCAUCCGUGGCCGCCUGACUGCCUCCGCAUCCUGCCGCCGCCUGCCACCGCCGUCUGCUGCCGCAGCCUGGCUCACCGGGCCCAGCUACCUAACCCCGAGGAUGCAUGCCAACGCUGCCUGCCUAACCCCACCACUGCCGGCACCGUCUGCCUACCGCUGCCACCUGCCAAUUGCCACAGCUGCCGUCUGCCUAAUGCUGCUGUCUGCCGCCUGCCUGCCCCCGCCGACUGCCUGCUGCCGCCGCCUGCUAUGUCCUGGCACCACCCGCGGCCCUUGCCUGCCGUGGCCUGCCUGCCAGCCGCUGCUUACUGCAGCCUGCACCUGCUACCUCCUACCUGCCGCCUCCGCCUGCCUACCGCUGGCACCUGGAACCGGCUGCCCGCACUGCCGGCCGCCACUGCAGCCUCCCUCCUCCUGCCACCUUCCCCCGCCGCCUGCCUCCGCUGUCUUCCGCCGCUUCCUGCCACCGCCACCUGA